GCGCCCGUCAAACCAAACCUGAUAACGGAAGUCGGGCUUGAGCGGCGCGACCCGCCGACCAAUAGCGAGCAAGGAAAAGCCGGCCGCCUGCCAAUGAGAGGGGAGAGGGUGGCGGGGAGAGGGCGGGAUCUCCGGGCGGGGAGGCCGCCGAGGUUAGGUUGAGCCCGGCGGUGCUUUAUACCGGGAGUCCGGGGACGAAGGAUUUUCCUCCCUGCCGCCGCCACUCCUCCUCCGUCAGCCGCUCGGAGGGAACCUCCGCGUCCUUUCCCUCAGCCGUCUCGUCGACCAUGGCUCCUCACAAGCACGGCGGGGGUAAGAACGCCGUGAAGAAGCCCAAGAUCGACCAGAUCCAGGCCGACCACGAGCUUUUCCUGCAGGCCUUCGAGAAGCCGACUCAAAUUUACAGAUUUCUCCGAACCAGGAACCUCAUAGCGCCCAUCUUUUUGCACAGAACACUCACUUACAUGUCACACCGAUUAUCGAGAACGAACGCCAAAAGGAAGACCUUCAAAGUGAAUGAUAUGCUGGCCAAAGUAGAGAAGAUGAGGGGAGAGCAGGAAUCUCCCAGUUUGACAGCUCAUUUGCAACUUACGUUUACUGGUUUCUUCCAUAAAAAUGAAAAGCCAUCUCAAAACUCAGAGAACGAACAAAACUCUGUAUCCCUGGAGGUGCUACUUGUUAAAGUCUGUCACAAAAAACGUAAGGAUGUUAGUUGUCCAAUCAAGCAAGUGCCUACAGGUAAAAAGCAGGUGCCUUUGAACCCAGACAACAGCCAGUCCAAACCAGGCAAUUGCCCUUCCCUUGCAGUUCCCAGCAACGAGUUUGAGCCUAGCAACAGCCAUAUGGUUAAAUCCUAUUCGCUGCUGUUCAGAGUGACCCGUCCAGGCAGGAGGGAAGUGAAUGGAUUGACUAAUGGAGAGAUUAAUGAAAAUAUUGAAGUAACAGAUGAGUUGCCAAGUAGGCGCAAACGGAACUCAUCUCACAAAGAUGAUGGGGAGAAGACCUUUGUAGCUCAGAUGACUGUCUUUGAUAAGAAUAGACGCUUGCAGCUCCUUGAUGGAGAGUAUGAAGUAGCCAUGCAGGAAAUGGAUGAAUGCCCUGUCAGCAAGAAGAGAGCCACUUGGGAAACCAUUCUUGAUGGAAAGCGGUUACCUCCUUUUGAAACCUUUUCUCAGGGUCCUACACUCCAGUUCACUCUUCGAUGGACAGGAGACGCUGCAGAUAGAUCCACUGCUCCAGUAGCUAAACCUCUUGCAACUCGCAAUACAGACACCACAGCUGCAGAGACCAAGCUCAACUCCGUGAAACCAGCACAGACCCUCUCUGUAAAAGACUCUCUGACAACUGAACUUCAAACUAAAAAGGAACAAGUUUCAAUGGAACCACGGCAGAAAUUAAGGAUAUUUUAUCAGUUUCUUUACAACAACAAUACACGCCAGCAAACUGAAGCCAGAGAUGACUUGCACUGUCCCUGGUGCACGUUGAAUUGUCGGAAGCUCUACAGCCUGCUAAAACACCUCAAGCUUUGCCAUAGCAGAUUUAUCUUCAAUUAUGUGCCUCAUCCUAAAGGUGCUAGGAUAGAUGUAUCCAUCAAUGAGUGUUAUGACGGCUCUUAUGCGGGGAAUCCUCAGGAUAUUCAUUCCCAGCCUGGCUUUGCCUUUAGCCGCAACGGUCCUGUGAAAAGGACGCCAGUGACUCACAUCUUGGUUUGCAGACCAAAGCGUACCAAGCCUAGUCUCUCUGAGUUCUUGGAGUCUGAAGAUGGAGAAGUGGAGCAGCAGCGGACGUACAUCAGUGGCCACAACCGCCUUUACUUUCACAGUGACACCUGUCUCCCACUCAGGCCGCAGGAGAUGGACGUGGACAGUGAGGAUGAAAAGGACCCCGAGUGGCUGCGGGAGAAAACCAUUACUCAAAUCGAUGAGUUCACAGACGUUAAUGAAGGAGAGAAAGAAGUAAUGAAACUAUGGAACCUGCACGUUAUGAAACAUGGGUUCAUUGCUGACAAUCAGAUGCAUCAAUCUUGCCUGCUCUUUGUAGAGACUUGUGGACCAAGAAUAGUUGAGAAAAGCCUCUGUCGGAACUUUCUGCUUCAUCUGGUUAGCAUGCAUGACUUCAACUUGAUUAAUUUAAACACCAUAGAUAAAGUAAUGGCCAGGCUUGGUGAGCUGCAACAGAAGCUGCAGAGAGAUAACUCUGCUUCAAAACUGAGACAGGAGCCCACAGGUGAAAGUCAGCCGAACAGUGAAGACAGUGGUACUGCCGUGAGAGACAAAACUUCAAGCACUGACAUUCUCACCUCAGGUGUCACCAAACAGAGCAAAAGGCACAAACUUUGAAGUCAAACCGUUCACCCAAUCUUCUCCCUUGAUCCCUGACCCCUCCCUCCUAUCCCCUUUCUUUUGUCCUCACUCCCUGUCCCCACCUUUUUCUGGACACAGUGGAUCAUCACUGAAGAGAGGAGGGGCAAAACAAGGUUUGUUUGUAUGCAUUGCAGCUGAAGCUGGCAAGCUCCAAAUGGACACUGGGCUAAUCAUUAAUUGAGUGAAGCAAGAUAGCAGUGUUGUAUUAAGAUACUUUAUUCUUGUAAAUGUUGGUGUGUUCAUUUAAUUGUACUUAAUUUAGCUGAUGGAGUACAAUUUUAAAAAGACAUUACAUUCAUCACAGUGAACCAAGUGAGCACAGUUCAUCUGGUUACAGAUGUUUUUUGUGCUAAUCAUUCUUUCUAAAGAUCUUAUUUUGGCUACAAAAACCAAAUAUUUCACCCAUCAUAUUGGCAGUUUAAAAAAAAUGGUAUUGUAUAGUUUUAAAAUCUAUCUCUGAAGUGUUUUUUGUGAUAAAGAAAUCUCUGAAAGGAUUGUGUUUCACUUCAUUCUUUUUUGAAAAAAGCAUGUACUUUAGAUGAAGUAUGCUGUAUAAAACCAUGAGUGUAACACAAGUCCUCUGUUUUUUUAAAAAAAACAAGUGCAAUUGAAAUAUUGUGUAUAUCUCAGUCUUAAUUUCCUUGUGACACAGGAGCAGUACAGAUCUGUUCCUGUAUGGGAAGGACUUUUUUUAAGUGUCUUUAAAACUUCUGUUUUAAGAUGACAGUUCUGCUCUUCGCCCACACACCUCUGUGUCCUUUGCUCUUGCAAUAAGCUUUUUUUAUGCAUUUGUUUUGUUGCUUUCAGCUUGCUGUCAUGCCAAAGCAUACAAGUGAUGUGCUUCAUUUAGGUUCUUUUUUUAAAAAGAGAAGCUUGGGGUGGGUAGUAGUGUUCUGCGUCACUUCCUGCUGUUUCACCAUUAUUUUGUGCUGGUAAUGUUGGGGUUGUUUCCUUGACAGAAACUUAUAAAGCAGUGUUGCUGCCUUUGCUGUCCUUCCAGUGCGUUAUGCUGGGCUUGUCAUAUCAACAGUAAGGAAACGCUGUAUGAAGUAGAAUGAACUUAGAGCAGUGGUGCUGUUGCUCCAGAGGUGAGUGGGACUGGGUGAGGAGGGGCAUAGAACUGCACAGCAAGGCUGGGCCAGAAGUACUUCAUCUCUCUGUGCAGUUGAUACUAUGACUUUUUAUUUUCCUGUUACCAACACACGGUAUUUAUUGCAGGAGACACUAAAAAAAAAGAUGGGAGGUAUGUAUUUUACACAGUAUUUUGUCACAUCAGAGAAGUCAGUUAUGCAGGUAGAACACAUUUCUGAGUAAUGUUAAUGUUUACAGUUUUAUUUCCAAUGGAAAAAGUUUUUCCUCCACUACUGGGGCAGUACAAGGAAUGCAGGUUUUUGAAUUCAGUAAACACUGUGGGCCAAUUGACGUUAAGUGUUUAUUUUUAAAACUUCCUUAAAGAUUACAUUUUUUUGUUGUUUUUAGAAAAAGACUUAUUUAAAAUGAGAGGGAAGGGUGCUGCUGUUCGAUCAAUAUUAUGCUGAAUUUACUAUAUCCCAUAAGUCAAUGAUUUUUUUCUUUAUUCCCAGCUAUAUGCAUUUCUGUGAAUCGUUUUUUAAAGUUGUCUGUAUAGUCUCUGCAAUUCUGUUUGUGGCUUUGAUCUGCUAAUGCGGUGCACAUGUAAAUCAGAACUUUUCUUUUUGUAUUUUGGGUUGGGGUGCUGUAGUGUUUUCUUGCUGCUAAUGUUUCUAAGCAAAAUAAUUCUCAGCUGCCACGGAUAGUUGGUGUGGUUUACACAAUUUGACAGCCCAAGAUUUUGAAUUAAUGCUGGAAAUUUUGGAUUUCAUGAUAUUUUACACUGACUUUUCCUUUUUUUAAAAGAAACCCCACACCUUCCUGUCAGUUUUUGUAACCAAACUGGUCAUCGAAUUGUUAAUGGGUUUUUCUAUUUAAAAAAAAAUAAAAUAAGUAAUUUUCCUACUUCAAACUGAAUGCCUAUAAUGCUAACCUUGCAAAACAUUUAAAUUAAAACUUAGAAAUCAAGAUUUUAGACUCCUUAAAGAAGCAGAGCUUGAGUGACUUGGUGAUGUGCAUGUGCUGAUGUUAAACUGAAAGCCUAUUGUUGCAGGGUCUUCACUCCCAGUCGUGAUCUCCCACUUUCAACCCUACAGUUCCAAGACACGGAAUGAAGGGAAAGGAUCUGGGUGAGAGGGGCAAUAAGUAAAACACAGGCUGUCUUGAUCUGUUGUGAUGUGCCAGGCCACAUCAGGUGCUUCUCUAAAUGUUCAUUGCUCCUGUUUGAACACCUGUUGUAAAGCUCUCUCUGCCUUUACCAGCCCAUACACUAGUGAACAAGAGUAGGAACUAGUGUGACUUUUUGCAUCUGCCUACUUUUGACAUGCAUCUGUAAAUGCAUUGUAACAAAAGUAUCGCCUGUGAUCUUCCUGAGCUGACUUCCUUGGUGAUUGGAGAUAAUGCAAACUAAACUAUUGUUUAAUUAUUGGGACCAGGUGGAAGUGUAAAAUAAUUCUUUGGAGUAUGCAGAGAAGUUGUAAUGUGGUGCUAAAAAUCAAGUUUCACAAUGGGCAGCGGAUACAGAACUGUAGCAUUAGGGCAAGUUGCAGAUGGAUAAUGCUGGGUGGUUGUAUUGAGCAGUGAAAGGCUGUUCUAACUGCUCAGUGUACAAAUGAUCACCAAAAUAGAACUGCUGAGUGACUGAGUUUUACAAGGUGGGAGGAGGAUCCAUGCAGCAUAGAUUGUUUAUUGGCUGAUGAUUGAGGAAAUAAGUUAAAAAUGACACUUUAAAUUUUGUCUUUAAUCUUUCACUGUUCCAUUCUGUAUUUUUGUUUGGCCAUGCAUCACAUAAAUGUAAAACCUCUCCCCACUAUGUGCUCUAUGUUCAUGUGGUGACUACCUUGUCCUUUAUUGGUGGUGGGGAGUGAGGUGGGGUGGUGGUAAGGUGUUGGAACAGGGUUGUGACUGGAUUAUCAAGCUGUGGCUGUGCGGUCAAACAGGCUGUAAUUAUCAAACCCCAAGAUCUUCGUGCUUGAGUGUGGAAUGAGCUACUCUGCAAAUUUAUCCUCCAUCCAAUUCAUUUCAAUUUUUCUAUCAUUAUCUCUGAAGUAUUUCAAAGCCUGAAGAACUACCUCACCAUAGUCACAGUGGAGAAAACUGAAUUGUAAAUGGGAUGUUGCAAGAGGCAUAAUAUAGAAUAAAAAAACUGUGAUUGUCUACACGUGUGGGUUGCAUUUGCAUUUAUCUAUUAGCUGUCUUAAUAAUUUUAAUGCUGUAGCUUUUGGGAACUGUGGGCAUAGUGUCAUCUAUU